AUACGCUGUAGACAUCGCUCAUGGGUCAAGCUCAGGAUCAAUGCCAUUACCUCUGUAAGGCAAAGAUCACAAUGCUGGUGGUCUGAGUUCUAGGAGGAUCCUUCUGGCAACGUUCGGUGUGCGGCCAAAGCUUAACUGGCGGGUGACGAUUAAAGGUGAGCUGGGGCAAUGGGUCUGGACGUGGUUAAUGUAUUGUUUAUUGCUGGAGGCAUGCUCGCGAUACCCAUUCUGUCGUUCGUGGCAUCUUUUCUGCUGUGGCCGGCCGUUCUUAUAAAGUUAUACCACUGGUACUGGAGGAGGAGACUGGGCCUGCAAGUGGACUAUGCGGAAUGUGAUGGUUAUCACUUCUGUUACAUGCAUCGAGGAAAGCCAGGGAGCCGGCCAUCUAUGCUCAUGCUUCAUGGCUUCUCUGCUCACAAAGACAUGUGGUUGGGUGUGCUCAAGUUCCUCCCAACAAACAUACAUCUGGUCUGUGUUGACAUGCCUGGCCAUGAAGGUACCACACGCACCAGUGCAAUGGACUACUCCAUUGAGGGCCAAGUAAAAAGGAUACAUCAGUUUGUGGAAAGUAUGCAGCUGAAUAAGAAGCCUUUUCAUCUUGUGGGCACAUCAAUGGGAGGCAAUGUAGCUGGUGUUUAUGCUGCUCGUUACCCCAAGGACCUCUCCAGCCUCACACUCAUCUGUCCUGCAGGUUUGAAGUACCCUGAAGACAGUACAUUUGUGAAACGUUUGAGAGACAUUGAGAAGACCAAGGAUGUCCACAGCAUUCCUCUCAUUCCAACCACACCAGAAGAGAUGGAGGAGAUGUUGAAACUGUGUUCCUUCGUCCGCUUUAAGAUCCCUCAGCAGAUUCUUCAAGGAUUGGUCGAUGUCCGAAUUGCACACAAUGACUUCUACCGAGAGGUGUUUAUGGAGCUAGUGGGAGAAAAAUCUAGGCACAGCCUGCAUGAGAACAUGCACCUCAUCUCAGCACCACUUCAAGUCAUUUGGGGAAAGCAAGACAAGGUAUUGGAUGUGUCUGGUGCUUCUGUGCUGGCUGACGCCCUGCCUGGAUGCCAGGUCGAUCUCCUUGACAACUGUGGCCAUUCCGUGGUGAUGGAACGCCCGCGGAAAGCUGCCCAACUCAUCAUGGAUUUCAUUAUCCGUCAGCAAAACUCAGGCAGCAGUAGCACCAAAAAGUUGUCCUAAAACUGUAAUUUACAAACAGAAUAUAUCAUUUAUAGUAAUGUGUAAAUAACCUAAAAAGUUAUUUUUUAAAUGAAAUACUCAGGGACUAUCACCAGGUUUGAAUAUCCCAUCGUAGAUCUCAGUGAAGUGACAUGGUGAAUUCAGCAGAAAUAUUCCAACCUUGGUGAUUUUACCAUGAACCCAGAUAACAGGCAUUAUGCAGUAAUAAAACAUUAUGCAGUAACAAGUAAUACUACUAAUCAUCAAGAUCUUUGUAAUUAAUUUUUAAUGGCACUUUCAAGUUUUGUCUGCCCAGGAACUACACAAAAACAGAAAUACCACCUUUGUCAACUGACUGCAAUUUCAUUAUUACUUAUAUGGACAGCGAUGAAACAUUUACUUUUUUGUGUGCUCACAUAGUGCUGUGGUGUACAUUUCAUGGUGCAGUUAUGUUUGAAAGAUUAGGUAUACAUUUAAGAUAUGUUUCAAUGUUGGGAGUUGCAGGUCAGGACAUGCAGAGAAGGGAAGUAUGUUUGAUUACAAACCUUACAAUAAUCUAUUAACUGUAGUAAUGGAUAUUCUCUGUGACAGACGUACUGUAUUUAAAAUACUUCUCCCAAGCUUUCUGGUAGUGUUACUUUGAAUAAAUGGUACAAAUAAUUUCUUAGAGAUGUAUUUAUUUACAUGUAGGGUAUGUUUAUUUUGGUAUUACCUAUUUUACCU